CUGCAAUAUUCGUAUUGAUGGCGAAGCGGCAUGAGCUCUGUCUUAGCAUCGCAUCUUCUUCGCCAUCCUGUUCUUCUCUUUCGACGCAUUGGUGUUAGAAAAAAUCAAGAUCAGGAUAAACAAGAUAGGGACCACGCACAGGAGAAGUGGGUCUGAAGCUUAAGGCAAGGUGCCACGACCAGGUCGUUAUUUAGAACACAACAAGCAUUCGCUGAAGGAAGAGUAAGUCUUUCAGCAUUGGAGAAGAUCAUGCCUGCCUACAACUACAACGACAUCGCCUGUUUCGAGGGGCGGCCCCUUGACGUUCGUGAUGACUACGGUUUUGGAACGAUCCAAGACGAAGACUUCUUUCGCUCGAGAAAUUCGUCCACGACAUCGUCUCAGAAAAAGACCGACAACAUUCUCGAGCGGUACCUGACCAAGGAGAGGGUCGAGGAGUUGAAGCUUUUGGUUUGGGCCGAGCGGCCGGUUGUGGAACAAACCUUUUUUCCGUCCCCCGCUAGCUGUUGGAGCAGCAUCAAGGAAGCGUUCGGGUAUGCUGCACCUGUGCAGCCUGGCGAGCGAGACAAGGCGUCAACCACAGCCGCCGCGCGCUUCUACGUCUGGGCUCUCUACUCCUUCGUGUUUUGCGGUCUGACCUUUUUCCUGUACACAGCGGACAGGGAACUUUUUCAGCUCAGCGUACUGCUCUCAAUCGAACGAAAAAUGCAAUCCGCUGCCAUGCUGGGGAUCAUGCUCAACAUUCUUUCCACCGGAAACGCAGCAGGUACCUUGAGUUUUUGUGUGAGCGAACGAUUAUACUCCGACCUGAAUGCAUUUUUCAGACACAAUUUUGGUUUUGGAUCGUCGCUCGACUUGGCGCCCAUUGAUCCGCGAUGUGCAAGUCACUUCGUCGUGUUUGAAAUUGAAGUCGCUCUCGACGCAAGUAUACUCCCGGUACUAGUACUUCUCAACCCGUGCGAUUGACAAAAACGCAUGAAGACCAUUAACACGGAACAAAAACUAAACGCAUGAAGACAUGACCAUAAACAUGAAACAAAAACUAAAUAACAAACAAAACCAGGUUUCUCGCGUUCCUUUAUUCUACUGCAGACUUUUUCGAGCAUGUCCCGCCUCAUUUCUGCGUGUCUGUUCGUCGGGUAUAUGCCCAUUGACGGCACCGGAUUGAGCUUUUAUUCGGCGAUCGAAGCUUGCACGUGCUCUUUCUGCCUGGGGAUCUGCUGGCUGAUGUUUACCAGUUUCAAGCAAGACGCGGAAAAAUCCGAGUCGGUGCGGAGGGAGAUGAAAAAGUCCAGGCUGUCUGCCGAAGAGCGGAGCCGGAACGCCUGGAAGGCACAGAACGCGCAGCUCGAGGAUUUGGAAAGGCGGAUCCGCGGAUUGCUUUUGGUCGGAAAGCAAGCCUCAUUGAAAGUGUCCGCGGACGCAACCGCCAAACUCACCGGCCUCCAACGGGCUCCCUCGACGCGCGCGAUGGAGGUCCAGUUGCAGCGAGAGGCGGUGCAGUUUCUGAACCAAAAGAGCGUGACCAAAGCCCUGGCGAGAUUGCAGCGAGACUGCGUCCUGGCGAAGCGGGAAAUCCUACCCCACGUUGGCGGCUACGCGCACACCUGCACGCCCCGAAGAAUCGAUGAUCGCCCCUUCCUCCCCUUUUUCCUGUUUGCCUGCUGGGCGGGCUACACGUUCAGAGGGGACAUGAACCAGGAUUGGAGGUUUGACGCCCUGUGGGCUAUCGGGAUGUGGUGCGAGAGCCUCUGCGUCAUUCCACAGCUGUACCUCAUGAACAAGGUACCACACAGAAAAAAGCUGGCAGGGCAUAUUUGUAAUGCAAAAAUAAACACACAAAAAAAUCUGCAUUGCAUAUCCGAAACAGCAUGCUAUGGGGCCACCCACGACAAAUUUUUCUGUGUGUUUAUUUUUGCAUCACAAAUAUCAAUAUGCCCUGCCAGCUUUUUUCUCUGGGAUACAAGGUUGGCAAGAUCAAAGCCAUGGCGGCACACGCCAUGCUCUUCUGGACCGUGGGCAGAUGCUGUGGAUUCAUUUUCUGGUACAUAUGUUCUUACCAUAGAAAGUUUUUCAAACGGCGGUUCUUUGAUUUCCAAAAACUUGUUUUCGGGUUGCGGUUGCGGAAGUUUGCUUCCUUACAGCGGUUAUACGGGGUUUAAUAUUGAUCCCAUAUUCAAUAUGGUGUUAGAAGUUGCAGUUGCGAGCAGUCGAAUCGAUCAUUUCAUCACACCACCAGGUGCUUCGCCACCGAGGAGUUUUAUCCCGAAGACGACCACAGGCCCAGGUGGUGGUUCAUCCCUGAUAUCAAUUGGACCGGCUAUUAUGAAAUGCCAACGUCUGGGUGUGGAAAAUUCCAAUUUUGCUGCGAGUCUGUGAACGAUGACCAUGAGGAAGACGAUCAAUGAUGGGGUCUUCACUGAUGCAAGCGUGACAUGUUUUUGAGCUCCUAUGUGUUGUGUUGCGCUUGCGUAUUCCACGACCUGGAGUGCUGCACUUUUGCACCACAGACAGGAGGAUCUUCUGUUUCCCUCUAACCAUCACAGAGUUCAGAGUCACUCAUGUCAGACAUUCAUGGAAAAUCUUGCAUUGGUCUUCCAGACGACCCAGACAUGUUUGCAAUGCAUAGCUAUUCUAUCAUGGCCGCACAAAUUUUGCAGUUGGUUGUGAUCAUGGACUUUGUGCGGGCCUACGCCAGGAAAGUUAUGUCCGCCAGCUUCACGGACGCCACUUGGGAGUAUGAGAGUGCACAACUCCCCCUCCCCAUCAUUUGUCAUGCAAAAUACCAAAUCCAUCCUUUGCCUCUUGGCACUUUUCGCAUGACAAGUUCCGGAAGCUCAAACAGCACUGCAAUCCCGGGUGUAUUUGUCUUGCAAAACCUGCAGUCUUGGCGACGCUUGUAUUGCUGUUCGUGAAACACAAACGAGGGGAAGUGGGAGUAGUGCACUCUCAUAGGGAGUGGUCGCCUGAGAAGAUUCAUCUUGCCAACCUCAACGAACUGGUGUGAGAACAGGUUUUCAACCAGUUUCUGCUGCGAUGCAGCAGUGUAUGUUGCCCGCACAUCAUGCUGCAGUUCAUACCGUCAAUAUUUUACAGAUGAGGUUGACCAGCUGCGAAUCCAGACGCAGAGAAUAUCUUUGUAUCUCUAGAGAAUAAAAGUGUACCAACGCACGAAAUCAAAGAAAAUUUGUACCGCUUAAAUUUCAAAGAAAAGUAAAAAAUAAUGAGAGUCCCGUUCGCGUUUCUUACCUGUACCAAUUAUGUAACCGCAUUUCCAAAUUGAUGAGCGAUGUAAAUUUAAAUUAGUGCCUACUUGCCUUAGCAGUUCUGCGUAUGGAUGUGUUUGUAUGCGUACUAACCAAAGAUGACCUGUACAUCAUAAAUAACGAUAGCCAGAUCAAUGCGUAUGGCUCUGUCGUUUCCACUAUUCCUCUAAAGUUUUGUAACUAUACUCUGUGUGCAACUCUUCUACCAGUAUUUAACUUACUUACCGCUUUGGAAUGUACAAAAGCAAAAAGCUCUUUUGCCGUGUGGCAAGUAUAUUUUCCCUGCUUGUAUUUGUAUUAUGUACCUAUGCUGUAGCGCGCUCCUAUUUUGUAUUUGCUUCUCGUAUAUGAAUUACAGGUCCAGCGGGUCCACGACUUCACUGUCCCAUUGUACAAACAAGCAAUUUGACCUUGUCUUUGUUUUGUAGAAACAAUAUCGUACUGCACCAAAAAAAUUUCAAUUUCGAUCGAAGUCUACUUCUGUCUGUGAAGUUGCAAAUUCGUCACACGAGUGUUUACACA